AUGAGUGAAACAGACGAAAUAUUGAAUAGAAUUAAAAGCUAUAGAGGGGUGGUAGGAGUUCUAGUAGUUAAUAAUGAAGGACUAAUAAUAAAAAGCACAUUUGAUCAACAACAAUCUGAUUUACAUGCAUCUUUACUUACUCAGUUAUCAACAAAAGCAAGAGAUAUUAUAAGAGAACUAGAUCCUCAGAACGAUAUAAAUUUUUUGCGGCUUCGAUCAAAGAAGCAUGAAAUAAUGAUAGCACCAGAUAAUGAUUACACAUUAAUUGUUAUUCAGAAUCCAUAUGCUGAUAAGGAUAAAAAUUAA